GGAUCCAGUUUUUACCGGUUUUCAGUGGACCCAUCGACGUUAAGGAGGACGCACGGAGGAUACGAGCAGGGAUUUUUUUUUUCACUUUUUAGUAAUAAUAAUAUUUUUUCUUUUUUAAAAAAGCUCAUUUAUCGCGGGGGUUCUAUCACAUCUAAAAUAUAAAACGUUUUAUUGUCGAAGAAGAAAGACUCACAACAACGCCAUGAGUGCUGGGACAUAUUUGAGUCUCUGCUUGAGUUUACUGGCCGUCUGCGUUUCGUUGGGCUCUGCAGCUUCAGACCAGCAGAUCUUCAGACAAGCUGGGAUGAGUGUCAAUCUGACAUUUCCGGUUCCCACUGGCACCACAUCUGUAUGGCUAAAAAGACUUGAGAAAUAUAAAGACAAUGAGAAAUAUAUCUCCUACUGCAAAGACUUAACACCCACACGUCCCAGUGACCAGGAGGAGUCAUUUAAGGGUCGGGUGGAGGGGAUGGACUGUAGCAAUAUCAGCGGCACCGUUUCUGUAACUUUGAAGAACCUGACCAGAAACGACAGUGGGACAUACGAGUUUCAUGGGGUGGACCAUGGUGGAAGAUACUUUAAUGAAACUGUCUUCCUCAACGUUACUGACCCAGGUCAGACAGGAGGAGACACAGAGGAUGGAGGACACACAGAGGAUGGAGGACACACAGAGGAUGGAGGGAAGGAGGAUGGAGCCAGUAGAGGACGUCCUGGGCUGGCAGUCAGUCUGUUAUGUUUUUGUGUGGUUGUGUGUGGUUGUGUGGGUGUGUGUGGUUGUGUACGUGCGCCAGCUGCUAUAAAGUGGCUUACAAAUUGCUGUAAAAAGAAUUCACCCUUUUCUCCUCCUUCUAAUAAUGAAUCUGACAGAGAAACAAAGCAAAUAAUAUUAUCUGCAAAUAAUUCAGUGGUCUAACAAUUCUAAGUGAGACCACAAACACAUUCUUGUCCAAAGCUCAAAUUCUACAAAAACCUUUCCACUGCAGUAAAGUGGAGGGGAUUUUGAGUUUACUGCAUUUAAAAACUGCAUCCUCACAGCAUAAAGGUCCCUGACAGAUGGGUACUACAGCUUCUUCCCAGUCUGAUGAGUGGUGACCCGUCUAGAGUCACCAGUCAUCUUUUACCUUAUGUCAUAAGCUGACAUAGGCCAAUAAGUCCCCCCACCCAUCACCCCCAACCCAAAUUUAGUCUUGAUGCAAUUUGAAAGAACUCAGUGCAUCUGAAUGAAGGGAAACAAUCCUAGCGAAGACAAGUCUCUAGCAGACUGGUGACCACUACAUCUGAACCCACCAAUGUUCUGGGACAUUGGCAGAUGAGGAAGGCAAGCCGAACCCCGCCUGGGAGGUCAGUGAAUGGGGAAAUACAAGCACGUGUCCCCAUCUAGGAGGUCGUCCGUUGGAGAAUACAAGCACGUGUCGCCAUCUAGGAGGUCGGCCGUUGGAGAAUACAAGCACGUGUCGCCAUCUAGGAGGUCGGCCGUUGGAGAAUACAAGCACGUGUCGCCAUCUAGGAGGUCGUCCGUUGGAGAAUACAAGCACGUGUCGCCAUCUAGGAGGUCGGCCGUUGGAGAAUACAAGCACGUGUCGCCAUCUAGGAGGUCUUCCGUUGGAGAAGACAAGCACGUGUCGCCAUCUAGGAGGUCGUCCGUUGGAGAAUACAAGCACGUGUCGUCAUCUAGGAGGUCGUCCGUUGGAGAAUACAAGCACGUGUCGCCAUCUAGGAGGUCGUCCGUUGGAGAAUACAAGCACGUGUCGCCAUCUAGGAGGUCGGCCGUUGGGAAAUGCAACACGCCACUGUCUGGGAAAUCUACGCCACACGACAAUAAAAGAGCAAGGAAUGCAGCGACAUGCUGUUUAUUUUCCACUACUGCAAAACUAAAAUAAAUGUCUAUUUUAAAUACGUUGUGUAUUUGACAUCUGUAGUCCUAUGAGCAUGGUGGAUCAUGAUCUAAACAAAAGAAUAUGCAGCAAAAAGUGAUUUGGGUAACUCUUAUGCCAAAAAAAUCAAGGUAGCCAGCGUACCCUGCCUGGAACAUGGCUACCAGGGUCCUAACCUGGAGCCAAGCCUGGGGGGAAGGCUCAAGGGCGAAGAUCAGUUGGCCCAGCCGGGCUCAAGCUGAAGAAGUUAUAUAUGGGUCUGUUCUUCUGUGGGACACUACUUUGGGCUUUGUGGAUCGGGCAGAGGUCCUGGUGCUCUGAUGCACACAGCUGCAGUGAUGUGGAUCGAUGAGCUUCCCUUAAAGAGGAGCUGGGCUCUCCCUUAGAGAUGGGUGAGGAGCUUGGUCAAUUGAGAGUGAAGUUGCUGCUCCUUCACAUCAAAAGGAGCCCAUUAAGGUGUUUCCAGCCUUCUCCAACCAGAAGGAGGCCUCGGGUUUGACAGAGGAGAUUGUGUAUCAUGGCUAGAUUGUGAGUGACUGUGUGUCCCGCAUAUGAUCUGGAAGAAGUGGCCAGAUGCAACCACUCGAAUGUGUAAUUUCAUCUGGACUUAAAACAUGAACUGUGUGUGUGUGUGUGUGCAGUGGUUUAUGCUUGCUAGUAAACAAUGUUUGGAAAAGAAAAGGGUAAAACUACCUGUUUUUGUUUGUUUUUCAGUCUCUUUCAGAUCCGACAACAUCUAGAACAUGAAAUCAUGACAGUGAAGUUUGUAUGUAGUUAAAUCCUAGAACCUCAACAGGGCUAAAAUAAUGAAACAGGUUUCCUGAGGACGUGGGCUUUCAUGCAAACCAUGACACCAGAUGGGCCAGGUCAGCUUGGAGUGCAGGUACACCGCCUAGAGCCACCUAACAACAGCUGAAAGCAUAAUUUAGCAGGCAACACACAGGGUAAGACUUUAUAAUCGUAUUAAAUCAUCCAUAGCUGUGUAAGGAGGGGUUGCAUAACAUUUUCCUUUUUCUUCCAAUAACAGUAAGGCAGCAUGUACCUUUACUAGUUUUACCUAAAUGCAAAUCAGUCUUACUAAAGAUCAGGUACGUGCAGGGGGUGGGGGGGACAGGCUUAAGCACCUGCCCCUUUCCUGAAGGUUUUCUCCUUUCCUCCCCAAGUGCCCUUUUCUUGAAGCAAAUGUUUUUUUUAUGUGUGUGUGCAUGUAGAGUCCUGCCUGUGCCCUCAACAAUAAUAUUUAACUAUUAAUCACAGUUUUGCUAAAUAAAAGGAUCUGGUUUGCAUCAGUCACAUAAUUACCAUUAACCAAUGAUCGCCCUUGACGGCAGAGCGCUCCGGUUAUGAACCGGGAACAAGCUCGCAAAGAGCACGCACAUUUUUUGCCGUCUGAGUAGUGCGGAGCUGUAGGAGAAACACAAGUUAAUUGGGAGACGCAGACUGAUGUGUACAGCGUACACUGUAGUCUACAGCAGCGGUCCCAACCACCUGUCCAUGAGUUGUUUGGUACCGGGUGUGAGAGUUGAGGCUCGGGUGUGAAAUUUAUGGUUUUCAGGGUUUUUAUCAUUAUUUUUUUUAUCGUUUUUAUCAU